AUGUCCGCAAGGAAAAGUGCUAGUUCGCUCCUUCCGGGAACUAAACCCACCACAUCGAGCCAUCGUUCUGUAUUACGAGGCACGAAAAACUUCGUCUGGAAUCGGGAGGAAAUAUCGUCCAACUUGCCGUACCACAACCAUAACUAUGAGAUCCCGUUCAAUAAACCGCCUAAUGAGGUGAACUUCAUGGGUGGACUCGGCAGUAAGAAGCCCAACUUUCGCUCCAAGUUACAUCCGCAACGGUUCUCCACGGUGCAGAAAUUGAUGAGAAUGCGUACCUCCAAUCGCAUCCUGGAAACGUUGACGGAAGAUUUGCGCAAUGUGAACCUCUGCCGGCACCGGGGUGAUCAACGCCGGAAGGCAAAAAAUGUCACCGAGUUCAUCCGCAAAAUGACGGACGAGUUGCAGACGGCGGGUAACAUUGAGCAUUCGACACCAUCGGACCAGUCGGACGUGUUACGGUGUACCGUGCGUAAGAAGAUGACCAAUGACGACUAUCGUGAGAUGAUCAAGCGGUUGGACAAGAUUCUGUUGGAGGAUGAUCGGCCAUCGGCCGGUCAGAAUGUUUCCUUUCGCGAUUGGGCAAUGCGGGAACGGUACAAUUUUCGGAACCGAAGCAAUAUCGAGAUGAUGAAGCGUGAAAGGGAAACACUCGAGUCGGAGCUAUGCUCCUCGGUGGACACACGCUCGCACGAGUACAUUUCGAACGAGGGACGUCGGGUGACGAAGGUGCGCCGCUCGACCAAGAUCCCCCACGUGGAGGGCCACAUGUACGGGCCGUUCACGCGGCUCCCGGUCGAGGAUCCGCUGCUGGAGAACGAAACGAAGUUCGGCAUUCCGCUGAGCCUGCUGGUACGGUCGUACCGCGAGAUGGACACCAAGAAGGAAGGUGAGCGUAACCUAAUUGAUACCCGCCUAUCUCACAUGAGGAUUCCGUUGUGUCCGAAAAGCAGCGACUCCUCCGAGGACGAGGACCAGAUGGAGGAGGUCAAGAUCCUUUCCUUCCUGCGGACACCCUACUUCCCCAUACCGACGAUAAAGCGGCAGAAGAAGCGGCGCAAGGAUCGGUUGCGUAGCCGCUGGCUGCAAAAGAACCGGCUCAAGCGCAUCACCAUGCUGCUGUACGAUCGGUCACUGGAGAACAUGCGAGCCGGACGGCGCAGGAAGGGUGGCAAACACGUGGAUGCGGGCCCUACUUCUUCGCAUGCCUCCAGCAGUGGGCGAUCGCGCUCGGAACGCAAAGCAUCCGGAUCGAAGGAAUCCGCGCCGGCGAAGGUUGUGAGCGAGAAGCGGCAACGGUACUAUCGCUUCAUAGAGGACAAGUCGCAGCAGUAUCGCCGGAUGUACGAUGAAAGUUUGCAGCAGCGCAUGACGAGCUUUCAGGAUUUUAAGGCCAGCGAAACGGCAUCCGACGAUAACCGGUCGGAGACCAGUAGGAAGAAGGCGAAACUGCAGGGGCUCCGGCUGGAGGAACCGAAACCGGCGGCCGAGAAGUUGGAGCUUACCUUUCCACCGAACCGAUUCAAGAGUCUGUCCAAGAAUGACACCCGGAAAGGGGCAUUCUACAUCGAUCCAGAGUUCUACGAUAAAAUGCGUGAUUUCAAGCGAUAUAAGCAACGGUCCAAAUAUUACACCAGCCUGAUGCGGUCGCGUCCAGACGUCCGUCAACGGUUGCAGGUAAACGCUCCAGAGUUCGAAGAGGAACAGCUUGGCGCUGCCACCAAGUACUACAGCCGGUUAGCUACCGAAUGGGACAACUAUUACAUUCACGAGCUGCGCUACCGACCCCGGGUGCGCAAGUUCUGCCCAAAGACGGACAUUCUCAAUAUGCGCGACCAGCGUCGCAAGGUGUUCCUGCAGUAUUUCAUCGAGGAGAACCUCCUGCAGCGCCGUGCCCGACAAAGUUUGGAGCGUCAGUAUGCGAACUGGAUUAAAAACUUUUGCAAGCGUAUUCGGCCCCUGUUCAAAGUUUGGAAAGAAGAAGCAUACUCGAAGCUGGUGGCGGCCACCGACCGGGAAAAGGAAGCAACGCAGGAAACGGUCCGGCUGCGGACGAUACUUCAGGAUCGUCAAAACAAGAUGGAUUCCAUUACAGAGCGUAUACUGCUGCUGGAGCAACGCUGGACCAAGGUUAUGCAAAUUAGGAACUACUAUUACUUGCUGAUGGAUUCUCAAUGGCGCUUGGAGAAUGACUUCUUCCACCGUGCACCGGAUGGAUCGUUGUAUACGGUGUCAGAAAGCAUCAAGAAUUGUAAAUCCAUCUUUAUACGCACCGCGGGUAGCAACAUUGGGACGGAAAUAGCGGCAUUCUACCUGGAGAAAACGUUCCCCGAGCUGGCCCGUUUGCCUGGAUGUGAACCGGAUGUGGUUCUGCUGCAGCGUGGGCUAACGCAGCUGAAUUUGCGAACGAUCGAUUUGAUAAACAAAUACAACCAGAAGCUGAUGGUGUUUAGCAAGAUUGACUACCAUUACAAGGAGGUGCUGGAGCAGUUUCCCCGGUACUUUACCAACCAUCACGAUUUGCUUAAUCUGUACGGUGCCAAGAUGGAGUCGAUACAGAGCAAAAACGAUAAAUUGAAGACUCAGUUCCGUGACUUGCUGGGCGAUCCGCUGAAGAUGUCCGUGUACAACAAAAUCAUGCGCAUCACUACUUCGGCCGUCGGUCAGCUGUAUCUGUUCGUUCGGAAGCUACAGCACCGGCAGGUUGAAAUCGUAGACAUCACUGCCAAGGACAAGCUGUCCGCCAUACAUCAGCACAUCAUGGAUUUACUUUCCGAGCUAGAUCUACUACCUCUCGAUGUACUCAGGGAAGCAGAAAAGGAGGCCCGCAAGAACCGAAAAACAUUGUUCAAAGAGGCGAACGAAGCAUACAAGCGUAAAAUGGUGUUGGAUUUGUUACGCAAGCAGCUACGGUUCCAUGUCCGAAAAUAA